UGACAGAGAUAGAGCGAUGAGCGAGGACGAGGAGCAGAGGCUGAGAGGAGAGCACACAGAGCUCWCGAGGAGCGAACGCUGAGCCAGAGAGACUGAGAUCUGAGCACACACAAGARCAAAUAGAAAAGAAGAAGAAGAGGAAGAAGAGGAAGGAAAAGAGGAAGUGGAACAAGAUGGGAGGGAGGACAAGGGAUGCCAGAUGAUGGAGCCCAGAAAUAGGUUGCACAGGACACUCUUUCGUCCCUGCUCUCCGCAGCCGACAUGACUCUCUGGGCAUCGGAGUGUGCUGAAAUUAGCCAGUAGGACGACAGAGGACAGCAGGUCUGCAGCGAAAUGGUUCAGCCUCGCCGAAUGCAGCAAGGCAGCUGAUUUAUUACUGAGGCGCUGGGUGGCARCGUGUUUGUGUGUGUGUAGGUUUCCAUCGGUCUGUGUAGCUCUCGGAGCUGUGGGAGCGACCAUUCCUCCAGUCAUGAAGUGACAUUCAGCAGGCAGGAGCUUCGUGUUCUGGUGUGGGUCUGGAGUCCUCUGAAGGAAGUGGGAGAGAAGGAUUCAGAGCUGUCACCGUGUGUGUGUGUGUGUGUGUGUGUGUGUGUGUGUGUGUCUGUUUACAGUUCUUUUCGCUGAGGUGAGCCAAGGAAGAUCAGCUGUAUGUAGUGAGUGUGUGCUUAGGUUGGAGCAGGAAUGGCAUAMGACCCACAAUGCAAGGACAAGCAGAGUAGCACCUAUGGCAGUCUCUGAAGUACAAGGAGUGCCCUGGGAGUAGAGGGGGGCCGUGUGGUCGGGGAGAGGUAGAGAGGAAGAGGAGAGGACAGUGGAAGAAAGAGGGCUGACCAUGGCUGUCACACAGUGAGCCAUAGCAUAUGCUGUAGUGCAGAGCAGAGUGGUGCUGCAGGGGGGGGAGGACGAGCGAGCAUACUGCACUGAGGAGAGAGAGAGAGAGAGUGAGAGAAGUACAGGAGGCAGCGAGUUCAGCACCUCUCCUUCAGCAGAGUGGGACAGGCCCGGCUGGGAACGCUCAGGUCGGCGUUUAGAGGUCAGAAAGGAGCUGGUCUGGGACGGGAGUUUGGAGUACACCCCCCCCCCCCCCCCCACCCUCUCCUGGUGGUCUCUACAAGAUCACAGGCUGGUCCUGUGAGGAGAAGAGGGUAGAAGAAAGGGCCGGCUCCCUGAGUUCUGUUUCUUCAGACCGCGCUGCCAUCUUUCCAUCACCAUGGGAGAAUGGACCAUUCUGGAGAGGCUGCUGGAGGCAGCUGUCCAGCAACACUCCACCAUGAUUGGGAGGUGGCCAGACAAAGGAGACCAAAGGGAUGUCCGUGUUGCUCUGUUUCUGCUGGAUAUGAUCCUGCUGACAGUGGUGGUGAUCUUYCGCAUUCUAAUAGUUGGGAUAGUGGGCGAGAAGGUGUACGAAGACGAGCAGAUCAUGUUCAUCUGUAACACCAUGCAGCCCGGCUGCAACCAGGCCUGUUACGACAAGGCCUUCCCGAUCUCGCACAUCCGCUACUGGGUUUUCCAGAUCAUCCUGGUUUGCACACCCAGCCUGUGCUUCAUCACGUACUCUGUCCACCAGUCGGCUAAAGCACGAGACCGAAGCUAUUCUCUGCUGCACUCUCACAUGGAUCACCACGGCCACGGACACCACGGCCGCCAUCACGACCACCAUGCCCGCAAGCUUCACUCCCGCAACGUCAACGGCAUCCUGGUGCAUCCCGAAAGCAGUAAGGAGGAUCACGACAUGGAGGUCAAGGAGAUCCCCAACGGACCUCGGGGUGUCACUUCGACACACAAAAGUUCGAAAGUGAAACGGCAAGAAGGCAUUUCCCGUUUCUACGUCAUCCAGGUGGUGUUCCGCAACGCGCUGGAGAUCGGCUUCUUGGCCGGCCAGUACUUCCUGUACGGCUUCAACGUGCCAGGGAUGUUCGAGUGCGACCGCUACCCCUGCGUGAAGGAGGUGGAGUGUUACGUGUCCCGUCCGACAGAAAAAACUGUCUUCCUGGUCUUCAUGUUUGCCGUGAGCGGCAUUUGUGUGCUGCUCAACCUGGCCGAGCUCAACCACCUGGGAUGGAGGAAGAUAAAGACGGCCAUGCGAGGCGUGCAGGCUCGGAGGAAGUCCAUCUGUGAAGUGCGUAAGAAGGAUGUCUCGCACCUGUCCCAGGCCCCGAACCUGGGCAGGACCCAGUCCAGUGAGUCAGCAUAUGUCUGACAGAGGCUUCUCCGCCUGGGAGCUCGAGGACCUUUGAACUUUUGGACCAGAGCGUUUCCCCGGCCUGCUCACUAGUGCACAGAACUGGCCACUGUAUUCUUACCCAGGAGCACAGACUCACGAGUAUUUCACAAGUAGAGUUUUCAACACUUGAAGAGAAAAGAGUUACCUUCAUAAUGAAGCGACAACUGUUGAUGUUACAGCUUAAACUUAUUAUAGUGACAUUUCAGCUCUGCCUAGGCAACACUAGGUGCCUUCAGAGAACCGAAUAGAUAAAACUGAGCAAAUAUAAAUAAUAUGAAUAGUUUGAGACAGAAUAUCCUGAAGUUCCUCAUUAUUUGCCUUUGCUGUAGGUCAGGAAAAAGAUAGAGCUUAAAGCGUGUGCAUGCAUACGCAUGUGUGUUGAAAAAAGAGUUUAUAUCUGACGUAAGUCAGAAAACAGAACGAUAAGUUAAAGUAUUUAAAGAAAGAUGUUAUUUCUCAUUGUUUGAGAAAAGUCUCUGUGGAUUAAGAAGCACCUUUUUUUAAAAAAAAAAAGAAGCAAAUGCAAAAAUUACAACCAUGGAAAAGGAUUGGCAUUAACUGGAACACGUGUUUUGUUGUAGUUGCAGGAAUUUUCUUAAAAAGUCGUCAGUAUUCCCUGUGCACUUUGUUGCAUUAGAUGCCAGCUUGGAGACGACGAUGUGUAAAAGUUUAUCUCCAGCUCGGUAUUGGUGCUCCGCCUCGGCUCCCGGUGCCUAUGAGGCAUGCUGCUUACCUUCAAAAGUCAGAGAAAAGUUGAGAACUCUGUCUCUACUACAGCGUGUAAAAUGUGGCUGCUGUCAACACUUUAAGAACAGGAUUACCCACAGGCCUUUUUGGGUUAAACAGGAAGAGUAAUGUAGUCACUAACAUUUUAACGUGUAACAUCAUUUUCCUUUUUUUCCACAAGCACAUUUGGUGCCAUAUUUCAAAGUUACUGUACAUAGAUGACACUCAGCCUUCCCCCCUCACAGCUUUAUGUGAACAGAGAUUUGAACAGUUCUUAAGAGUAAUCAUAGAUUGCCAGCUUUAACAAUAUGUAUCGAUAACGUGCUCUUUGUUAUGCCUUCACUCCCUGUAAUGCAAAGCGUUUUACCCUCUUUGGACUUUGAACUAGGCAUGUUGCAGAUGCAUCGAUAGAACGGAUAGAGUAUGACAUGUAACUUGAAAAAAAAGACAGUUUUAUUUAUUUGCAUCCUGUUCCUGUAAAAUGUAUUACUCAGCAUGCAUGAAGAUGAAAAUAUAGAGACUCGGACAAUAUGGGAAAACUUCAAGUGAAAAUCGGAGAGGCGCCUCAACUGCAGCAAUAAAAGACUAUAAUAAAAAUAUUAUGUGAAGAGAACUAUGUGAAUAAAUGAUUAUGCAGUGAU